CCCGCCAGCACGGAUGAGGAGUAGGGCCGAAGCCACGGAGGUCAGUGUCUUCAUUGCGUUGUCGUCGGGGAGCGCGGCCGCCCGCAGCGCGCAGCGCGAGCGCCCCGCGCGGAUGGCUGGCGCCUCUACAAGCCACAGGAGCGAUUCGGGCGACGCGCGCGGGCCUGCCGGCUACUGCGGGCGGGGUGGGGGGCCAGAAAGCUCUGCGCGGCAGGCUCGUGCCGUGACCUGGUCGGCCACACGCAGAAGCGACCACUGGCAAGGAGUGGCCUUUCGGAAGAGGAGAGAGGAGGAGGAGGAGGAGGAGAAGGAGGAGGAGGAGGAGGAGCGCGGGACUGCUGAGAAGCCAGCGAAGGCGGGCAAACACUGUCAUUAGCCAUUAUGUUUGUGAAAAGCGCGCUGCGACAGGCGCGCGCCAGAGACUGCUGGGCCGCCCUGCUCCUCGAUGGAGUGCCGUCGUGGCGUCGUGGACACCUCGCCCAAACAUCGUAAAUUUCUCGCAGGGGCGUCAGAACAACCGCUCGAAACUGCGCGGCGCGACCCGAAUUCGGCCGGUGCCCGCAGGGAGGGCGGGCAUGGGGCGACCGGGGAGCUGCGCCCCGUACCCCGCUCCCGCGCACCCCCACCUCGGCAGGGGCGGCACAUGCAGUGGCGGCCCUC